GCAGGCAGGGAGAGAAUUCAAUCCACAUUCAAAUUGCUUCAUUAAAGAGACGCAGCUUUUGUUGCAAAGGAUUUAAAUGGCCACUAGAAAGUUCUUAUUUAUUGUUUUGAGGCGGUUUAUAUAGGGUGCCCCGCGCUCGCCCGGCGCAUGGAGCCGCAGCCUCCUUCUCCCGCUCUCUCCCGCAAGGUGAUGCCGCCGGAGCCGCUGCCCAAGGGGAGCGCCCGCUGCCUCGACCCGCACGCCCGCGCCAUGUCGCAGCCCGACGGGGAGCCGCUGCCCGGCGCCCUGGACAAGGAGGACGGCCGCUCAGCGCCCAGCACGCCCUCCACGCCGUCCGUCUGCUCCCCGCCGUCCUCCUCCUCCUCCUCCACGCCGUCGGCCGGCAAGAACGUGUGCUCCAGCUGCGGGCUGGAGAUCCUCGACCGGUACCUGCUCAAGGUGAGCGGCGGCGGGCGGCGGCGGGCGGCGGGCGGCGCCGGGUCUCAGGCGGCCCCUUCUCUGCCCCAGGUGAACAACCUCAUCUGGCACGUCCGCUGCCUCGAGUGCUCCGUGUGCCGCACCUCGCUGCGCCGCCAGCACAGCUGCUACAUCAAGAACAAGGAGAUCUUCUGCAAGAUGGACUACUUCAGCCGCUUCGGUACCAAGUGCGCCCGCUGCGGCCGGCAGAUCUAUGCCAGCGACUGGGUGCGGCGGGCCCGUGGCAAUGCCUACCACCUCGCCUGCUUCGCCUGCUUCUCCUGUAAGCGGCAGCUCUCCACGGGCGAGGAGUUCGGCCUCGUGGAGGAGAAGGUGCUGUGCCGGAUCCACUAUGACACCAUGAUCGAGAACCUCAAGCGAGCGGCAGAAAACGGCAACGGGCUCACGCUGGAGGGGGCCGUGCCCUCGGAGCAGGACAGCCAGCCCAAGCCCGCCAAGAGGGCCCGCACCUCCUUCACCGCCGAGCAGCUGCAGGUCAUGCAGGCGCAGUUCGCUCAGGACAACAACCCCGACGCCCAGACGCUGCAGAAGCUCGCGGACAUGACGGGGCUGAGCCGCAGGGUCAUCCAGGUUUGGUUUCAAAACUGCCGAGCGCGCCAUAAAAAACACACGCCGCAGCACACGGUGCCGCCCUCCGGAGCGCCCCCGUCCCGCAUCCCCUCCUCGCUCCCCGACGACAUUCACUACUCGCCGUUCAGCAGCCCGGAGAGGGCCAGGAUGGUAACCCUGCACGGCUACAUAGAGAGUCAGGUACAGUGUGGGCAAGUGCACUGCAGGCUCCCCUACACCGCGCCACCGGUGCACCUCAAAGCGGACAUGGAAGGACCGCUAUCUAACAGGGGUGAGAAGGUCAUCCUCUUUCAGUACUGACUGCACGAACUCUUCCUCAUCUGUCCAUGGCGCUACCAGAACCACUGCCCCUCAGUCGUUGAACUACAGUGUCCAAUCCAAGGCAACUGUAAUCAGUCAUGCAGGAGAAACUCAAAUCCAGCAUUCUCUGUUGUUUCCAUUGACCAGCAUCUAACAUCCACUAUUAUUUCUCCAGCAACACUCUGUAUAUGUGUGUGUUGAGUGCACAGACACAUUUUUCACUUGUUUCUUGUGGACCUGUAGAAUGACAGUGAGUCUCUCCAAGACAAUGCCAGACGCAGUCAAAAUUAGUGACUCUACUGUGCUUACAAUCUUGCUUCUGAAGUCACGGGAAUAUGAAUGAAACAGUAAAUGCCGAGUCACAGGGGGGUUCGAUGACCACCUAUCGAUACAAAGAGAGGAGGAAUUCACGUGGUUUGGCCUGAUUCUCUUUUGCACCAGUGAAGCACUGCUGGUUCCAGGACAUCCCUCUUUACACUCGCGUGGGUGAAAUUUCAAAUGGGCUCUUUGGCUCAGAAGCUUCAAACAUAUACAGAAAUUCCUGAGCCAAAUGCAUUGGUAGCUGUGACUCCGCUAAGGGGAAACCAUGACGCCCGCUGGAAAUAGGCAGUUUCUCUUCCUCCUCAAAGUGCUUUAGAACCACAUGUCCUUUGCUCACUCUGUAAGGUAAGUAAAUCUUAGGAUUUUCCCCCCAUUUUAUAGGAGGGGAAACUGAGAUGCCCUAUACUGAAGGGGGGAGUGGGGGUUGGUGGCAGUCAGGUUUAGCACUCUGACAGUUUUGAUUGCCAACUCGUUCUCAGAGCACUGAAUAUAUCUCGUCUCAUAGCCAUCUGCCAAAUCCUCAUUUUUUAUUCUUAUAUCUUAUUAACAAACUACUUUAUUUCUUUGGAUUUGUAUUGGAUCAUGAUUGAGUGAUUGCAGAAUGCACCUACGCAAAACUCUUAGCCAUGCAGUAUCCUGGGACUGGGACAUCCUGAGUGGAGGCUGGCCCAUAAACGUGUAGAAAUGCUUUGCUCUAGUAUGGACCCUACAAGGGGGACUCCAGGAAUGAGUUCAAUCAGUGAAAAUAGUCGGGUAGAAAUCAGAGACCAGUUAAGAAAGUGGAAACAACAGUGUCUGUAAGGCCAGCAGCAGCAGUCACUAGCCAAGUGUACAACAAUGCGAUGGCAUAUCCUUUCAUCUGGCAGCGUUGCCUGCUUACCUCUGCCCUUGUGGUGUUCUCCAUCGCUGGCGUAUCGCUGCUGCUUCUGCCAAGCGCUCGGCUGAAGGCGCGGGCCGGAACGGCGGCUCUCGGAGGAGCCGGCAGUGCAGGGCUCACCCUCGGAGGCAGCCGCAUUGCAACAACAAAGGAAGUACUCAGCGCUCUGGCCCCAGAUCAGGAAAAAAGCUCUGAAAUGAUACUUCAUUGACGGUAAUAACAAAAAGUAAACAAAAAACGUUUGCCAGCCCUUCUCAGUUUGCACCAAGCCAAGAUUAGGUCUAUAACGAACCCUCUCUCCAUGUGAGCACUGGUCUCUCUUGCUGCUCAAUUUCUGCGAGGCAGCAUUUCCAAGAAUGUGAAAGCCUACUAUGAGCCACAAUUAAUGUGUAAUGGGACCGAACUGUGCCGAGCAACAGAAGACAGGAAUCCAUCGGUUACAUAACUUGUUUUUAAUUCAAACUCUAGAUACAUGUGUUUUUCUCUCCGGGAGAUGCUGGAUCAAUCUCCAGUGGCGGCCAAGUGGGCAGCCGUCCCGCUGGUUUAGCCAGGCAGUGUUGCAAACACGGAAAGCCUUUCCUUGACUGUGCCUGCAGGUGCUGCAUGCCGCAGCUGGGUGACAAACUGCUCCAGCUAAGCGCGAGGCACACUGGCCACUGCCACCGCAGCGCUGGCUGCGGGGACAGCUGGAGGUCUGCCCAGGUGCCACAAGUAACUGAAUACAUUGUGCAUAUAAAUAUAUAUAUAUCUAUAUGUAUAUAUACGUAUGUAUGUGCGUGCGUGUGUGUAUAUAUAUGUGUAUAUAUAUGUGCGUGUGCAUAUAUAUAUAUAUAUAUAUAUGUAUAUAUAUAUAUGCAGUGAUGGUAGCUGUUUGGACAGUUAGGCCACUAUUCUGGCUAAUUGUAACAAACAGCUAGCAGCGCUCUCCUCCAAUUCAGAAUAAUAUUCAAAAGCAGGGAGGAAAUUAGGUCUGCAAUAUAUUAUUGUCACCUCCUGACAGGCAAAUAAUUGUUUCCCAUGUGUACAAACAAUGCCAAGACACUCCUGCUGCCGUGACCUGCCUGGAACCACUGCUCCAGAAGUGUCCUUUGGUGAGGGAACAGUCAAAAGCAGCAUCCAUUUUGGUCACUUUUCUCCUUGGCUAUACAAACGAGCAAAGGGCCUGGCACGUGUUCUGUUGGCUGUGUUAGUGGAGCAUUCUGGUUCUCAGUAUUUGUUAUUGCAAGGCUGUAGUGGUUGCUGUGUCUGCUUGAAAAGCUGUGAGAAGCUGAAGGUGGUUGGCGGGGUCACCAGGGCCCAGCUUUCUCCUCCGUCUGUGCUUGCGCAGUCUAACGAUUGUUCAGUUGUGGAAUUAGUGCUAUAAACUAAUGGGUAGCUAUUUGAUGGAAGAUUGAAGGAGAGACUCCAGACUGUAACUUGACCUUACAUCCCACAGUACUUGAGAUUUCCACAACUGUUUUGCUGACAGAAGAAAUGGUCUGAGGCAUUUAUCUUCUUUCUCAGCAGUGCAAUCAAAGGGAGACUAUUAAGUAUGUAUCUGCUAAAUAGCAACUUAGUUACUGAUCAAAAAAAAAAAAAAAAACACUUGUGGAAUGUACUGUAUAUCAAAGUUUUUGUAACUGAUACCACUGACAGGACCAGCGUGCAAAGCACAGGGCUAAGGUAAUGUAGAUGUUUCUGACCAAAUACGUGUGGUGGAAGUGGCAUCACCACUCUACAGGCAGUAUACUGCACUGUACAAACUGUGCCCAGGGGCAGUCACUUUCCCCAGCAAGUAGCCAGGAGCAGCUUUGCUAAUUUGGAAAUCAGGCUCUGUUUAUAUUAAGCCCAAAUUGUUCACAAAAACUGGAAACAAUUCAGCUUGUGCAGUUUUAGAGCUAAUUAUGUAUAUGGAAAAUACUCAACUGUACCAAGAAUGUAAGAAAGCCUCUAAUUUAUUCUAUACAUUGUUUCACAGCACAUUUCACACUGACUGUUGCCACUGAACCAAACCUUAUCUCAGGUCAUUUGCAUUCAUCUCCUGUCUAUAGAUUUAAAAAAAUUAAAAAAAAAUCCUUCUCAUUUUCUUAGUUUAUUCAGUAAUUGCCAAACGGGUUCUGGUGCAGUAAUGCAGAUUCUAUGUAUUCAACUUUUCCAGUUGCUAUUUACAAAAACUGUUGCAGAUAAAAUCGAAUGAAGAGAGCCAAUGAAAGGCUUUUCACUCAAAUUUAAUAUAGUAAUUAAAUAUGGUGAAGGUCUGAAAGUGGAAUGGUUUACAGUUUUAUUACCAAUUUUUUUUGUUUGUUUUUUGGCUCACUCUGGUUAACCCCAGUGCCCUAGCUAAAGGUGCUUACACAACUUACUAGUUGGGAUGGGGAGUGGGAAUCAAUCCUGCGCUACUAUCAGUGAUAUAGCUGUAUGAUGCCAAUUAUAGACACAUCCGUUUUGUUUCAUCAGCCAAUCAUUUUGUUGUAGCAUGUUGCAAUUAUGCAUGUCUUGGCUACAAUGGUUAAAAAAAUUCUCUGAAUGAGUGGACAGUCAAGACUAAUAUUUAUUUUAAAAAAGUAAACCUAAAUUGUAAGCACUUUUUUGUAAAACCAAUGUCUGUUUUGUUACAUACUUUUAAUGUUGUGCUUUGUAAAUGUCUUAUUUGUGUAAUAAAUAAAGUUAAUGCAAGUAGAAGUGCUGGCACUUACAUCCAGAAAA